AAAGCCUAAUAGGGCUGAGAUGAUUAGCGGCCCAGUUAAAAUGGGCAAAUUUGGUCCAGUAUACAAAAUGGGCUAAUUUUUGAAGCAAAAAAUGGGCUUAUUAUAGCCGUUGGGCAGCCAUGGGAGGCCCUCAGAGCAAAAAUGGCGACGAGCUUGUUUCGUUCUCGCGCUAUCCACUUCCACCUCCCUAACGCCGCCGUUCUCCGCCUCUUCUGUUCCACUACCGCCGGCGAUGACCACCACUAUGAAUUCUCCUCCGAAACCGACGAUCUCAAGCCUACACUCCCCCAAAUCGAGCCCUCUCCCGACGCCGAUUUGGUCUCUCAGAUCCUCCUCCAACACCACAACCCCUUCCACCCCAUGGAAUCAUCGCUUCAGCUCCGCGGCAUCGCUCUCUCCCCAUUCCUCAUCCACCAAACCCUCCUCCGUCUCCGACACUCCUCCAAAAUCGCCUUCGCCUUCUUCCACUUCUCCCAGUCCUGCCCCGAUUCCCCUAUCGACGCCGCCGCCUUCAAUCUCCUCAUCGACAUCCUGUGUAGAGUCCGUCAAUUCGACGCCGCGUGGCAGCUCAUCAUUCAGAUGGAACACCGCAAAAUCUCCCCCAAUUUCACCACUUUCUAUCUCCUCAUCCGGCGACUCAUAGCCGCUGGGUUAACUCGCCAAGCAAUUCGCGCCUUCAGCGAGAUGUAUAUUUUUAUAGAUAAAAACGGCGAGGACGAGGCCGGCGUCUGGAAUUCCUACUUUUGCUAUCUUCUCGACUCCCUCUGUAAGUACGGGCACGUGAGAGUGGCUACUGAGUUGUUCAACAAGGAGAAAUGGAGGAUUAGUGUGAAUUGCAAAAUUUAUACAAUUUUAAUAUAUGGCUGGUGCAAGGUGAAGAAGAUAGAGAUGGCGAAGUCGUUUCUCGGGGAGAUGAUUAGCAAAGGGAUAGAUCCGAAUGUUGUGACGUAUAAUGUGUUGUUGAAUGGGAUUUGCAGGAGAGCCAGUUUACAUCCGGAUGGGAGGUUUGAGAUGGUGAUUCGGGACGCAGAGAAGGUGUUCGACGAAAUGCGCCAGAGAGGGGUCGAGCCUGAUGUUACAAGUUACUCAAUUUUACUCCAUGUGUAUAGUAGGGCACACAAGCCAGAGCUAUCCCUAGAGAAAUUGAGGAUGAUGAGGGAGAAGGGAAUAUGCCCUAGCAUAGCAUCAUAUACAUCAGUGAUCAAGUGCCUGUGUUCUUGUGGGAGAAUUGAGGAUGCAGAAAUUUUGCUUGAAGAAAUGGUGGGCAGUGGAGUCACCCCCAUAGCAGCCACUCUCAAUUGCUUUUUCAAGGAGUAUAGAGGCCGGAAAGACAUCGAUGGGGCGUUAAAGUUGUAUGGUAGAAUGAAAGAUGGCUCCUUGUGCUCACCUAGUGAGACCACACACAACAUAUUAUUAGGGAUGUUUGUGAGCUUGGGAAGAUUAGGGCUUGCUAGGGAGAUUUGGGACGACAUGAAAGGCGGCCCCAUAGGCCCGGAUUUGGAUUCUUACACCUUGAUGAUCCAUGGACUUUGUAAGAAGAAGAGGUGGAGAGAUGCUUGUGAGUUAUUCAUGGAAAUGAUAGAGAAGGGGUUUCUCCCACAGAAGGUUACAUUUGAAAUGUUGUAUGCAGGGUUAAUACAGUCUGAUAUGUUGAGAACUUGGAGAAGAUUAAAGAAAAGACUUGAUGAGGAAUCCAUAAGUUUUGGCUCAGAGUUUGAAGGAUAUCAUUUGAAGCCUUAUAGGAGGUAACAAUCAGAUAGUCCAUGAAAUGCAUGCUUGAGAGUUGAGAUCCAAACUAUAGAAACACUACACUUCUAUUGAAUGUGUUUUUGGUAAGGGAUUCAGAUGCCUGAACUGAACCAUUAUGGAUUUAUGGUUGUUUUCAAGAUGGUAUUCUUGGCUUGCCUACAACUUCUCUAGAAUAGCCACACAAUUUUAUGCUAUUUAUCUCUCAUACUUGUUUUCACAUAAAGAUUGAGGCUUUUGCUCAAAAAGCCCUCUCCUUUUUAUACCUUUCUUUGGCUUUUAAUGAAGCAGCACAUGGCUACUGAAUUUGAUGGGGAUGGAUCAAGCAACAUUGUCUUUUAGUUUUUACAAAGCCAAUCAUCUCUUCAAGAAAUCACCAUAAAAGCCAAGAUUCUACAAGGGAGUCUUUUGGACAAGCCAAGAAUCUGACUGGGACAAGAAGAAAAGAACAAGAUUCUGGGUAGUUCUUGAAUUAAACUAUUUGACAAUCACAUGGGCAUCGAAACAUGCUUUACACUUGACGAAAUCCCCCGGGAUCCAAAUGAAACAGUACAAAGUGUACCAAAACUCGAAAACCCGAGGACUUCAGAUUGGAACUGGCAAGGAGGAGGUCAUUAGCUUGCUUACCUCUCAUCCAAGACCAGGGCGAGCGACAAGGCAGCCAAAACGGAGAAACCAAAUGGGUAUUUACAACGAAAAUCUGCGUUUAAGUUAAGAAUGUCUCUAAUCAAAGCUUGAAGAUCGGCUCCAUCUGCCCCGCAAAUAAUCAUCUACAGAUAUGUUUUGGUCGGAGCUGACCGAAAGGGAAUCAUCCUCCAAAUUUAACAAUGCGAGAUUAAUAAAAGAUUGGAUGCUCGCUGCUGCAGGCUGUUCACCGCCAACAUCAUCUACUUCAUCGCCACUAUCGAGUUGUUGCCUCGCCCAUUGAAUUGUUUCGGGCUCACCUUGGAGAAGUUUUACAACCUGUUUGAAUUUGCACAUGCAAGCAAAGACGAUCUACUUAGCAAUACAUCGAGGAGUGAAAAACGAGGAUUCAGAAUUUAACCUAAGUAGUUCACUUACAAUGUCAAUUUUAGGACGAAAAAUAGGUUCUCUUCUGAUGCAAAGUGUUGCAGCCAAAACCAUUCUGUCAAACUCGUCGUGGUCAUAUGCAUUAAGCAAGCUCGCAUCUAGCAACUCUGUAGCUUUUCCAUUCUUCAGAAUUUGUUUUGCCUGAAUGUACACUCAAAAGUUACAAGUAAAUAAAAACCUAAUUUCCCGACAAA